AUGUACAAGGAUAAACAUGGGACUUCCUCCCAAAAACGGAGUUAUAACCAAAAGAGUGGAGACUGUCUAGACGGCCUUAUCAAGAAUCAGUGCCCAACCGCACAGACCGGUUGGCCGAGAAACUAUUGUUUCGCGCUCGGCCAAAGUCACAUCCGUCCUUCUGAAGUCUCGGCCAAAGUUCGAAACCGACCGGCCGAUCACGCAACACGACCCGGGGAACAUUGUCCCGCGGUCGGCCACGCUACAAACGCUCCACGCCGCGACGCACACGACCAUGCCGCGCGACCCGGGGAACAAGGCCUCGCGGCCGUGCAACCCGUUCCCGUACCACGGCCGAUGCAUCCGUCCGAGUCGGGGAAGAUUGUCCCACGACCGGCCGAGAAGCCAUCGGCCAAAUCUCUAUCCGCUCGACCACGCCGGCCGACCGUUAUAUCAUCCGGCCGCUGA